AUCAUUAGUCAUCCCCAUGCCAUCAUCUUCCCCAUUGUUUAUGUCUACCCCACGCACUUGUUCCAGGGAAGUAUACUUGUACAAAACUGUAGCCUCCAUCUGGGUUUUCUUCCUCCUCCACUUUCCAAACCCACUUCCCAAUCGGAUCUAAAUCAGCAAACCUCUUCACUAUAACCAGCCUUUCUCUCUCUACAACCCCCUCCUUUCCUCUCUCUCUCUCUCUCUCUCUCUCUCUCCAUAUCCAUCUCUACACAUAUACAAAUACCCCAUCGAUCUGUUACAGUCUUACAGUAUCGAAUUUUUUUGAUUUUCUUGUUUAAUGGAUCCAAACCAACUAGGUGGACCAUUCGACACCCACAAGUUCUUCAAAACCCCUACUUCCCCAAAUCCUAUCACUCCCAAUUUGGGUCCUCCUUUUUAUGCUUCACCCCCUUCCUCCUAUCCACCGCCCACUGGCCCUUACUCCCAAUUCCAACAGUUCCCCCUCCCUCCUUACCCGCAGCAGGAUUACCAUCACCAUCCUCAUCACCACCUCGCUAACUUGCACCAGCAGAGAUCUGUUUCUUAUCCUACCCCCCCACUCCAACCCCCGCCCCAACAAAACCCUAACCAACAAAACCCUAACGCCGGGGCUAAGCUCAUGGCUUUACUGAGUGCUCCAGCUGCAUCUAGUAUUGAGAUGCCAAUGGGUCCAAUCCAGCCCACCCCAUCUGGCUCUUCAGAAUUCUCAAUGCCACUCAAUAUGCCCGUACUGCCCUCAGUUCCUUCCGCGCUUUCCGCGCCCAACGUUAAUCCCAAUCCAGCUGUUGUGUUUGCUCCUUCGGGGCCUAUGCGUAUGCUGAGCAGCAAACUGCCGAAAGGGCGUCAUUUGAUUGGCGAUCGCGUGGUGUACGAUAUUGGUGCUAGGUUAGAAGGUGAGGUCCAGCCGCAGCUGGAAGUCACGCCGAUAACUAAGUAUAUUUCGGAUCCUGGGCUUGUUUUGGGCCAUCAAAUCGCAGUCAAUAAGACGUAUAUAUGCUAUGGACUCAAGCUGGGAAAUAUCCGGGUCCUUAACAUAAACACUGCAUUGAGAUCAUUGCUUAAAGGCCUAGCCCAGAGGGUGACGGACAUGGCUUUCUUUGCUGAGGAUGUUCACCUUUUGGCUAGUGCAAGUGUAGAUGGGCGGGUUUAUGUAUGGAAGAUUACAGAAGGCCCAGAUGAAGACGAUAAGCCACAGAUUACAGGAAAGAUAGUCAUUGCCAUUAAGAUAGAAGGAGAAGGCGAAUCAGUUCAUCCGCGAGUUUGUUGGCACUGUCACAAACAAGAAGUUCUAGUAGUUGGGAUUGGUAAGAGUGUUCUGAGAAUUGAUACUACAAAAGUUGGAAAAGGUGUAGCAUAUUCCGCAGAGGAGCCUCUAAGGUGUCCUAUUGACAAGUUGAUUGAUGGGGUCCAACAUGUUGGUAAACAUGAUGGAGAAGUGACUGAUUUGUCAAUGUGCCAGUGGAUGACUACCCGUUUGGUUUCUGCUUCAACAGAUGGAACGAUAAAAAUUUGGGAGGAUCGGAAAGCACAACCGCUCGUGGUGCUAAGGCCACACGACGGUCAACCUGUUAAUUCUGUUACAUUCGUGACUUCUCCUCACCGCCCAGAUCACAUUAUCCUUCUAACUGCGGGUCCACUUAAUCGGGAAGUGAAGAUAUGGGCCUCGGCAGGUGAAGAAGGCUGGCUACUUCCUAGUGAUGCCGAAUCAUGGCAUUGUACCCAGACGUUGGAAUUAAAGAGUUCAGCUGAAUCUCGAGUUGAAGAGGCGUUCUUUAAUCAAGCUGUGGCCUUGUCUCAAGCAGGGCUUCUGGUAUUGGCAAAUGCAAAGAAGAAUGCUAUAUAUGCCAUACACUUGGAGUACGGACCUAAUCCUGCGGCAACCAGAAUGGAUUACAUUGCAGAGUUUACUGUCGCCAUGCCGAUUCUGAGUUUUACAGGGACCAGUGAUAUAUUACCUCAUGGCCAACACAUUGUUCAGGUUUAUUGUGUCCAGACACAAGCAAUUCAACAGUAUGCUUUAGACUUAUCCCAGUGCUUGCCACCACCACUGGAUAAUGUUGUGAUAGAGAAGUCAGACUCAAGUGCUGUGCGUGAUGUAGCUAGUACUGAAGGGUUUGCUACUUUGGAGCGUUCUGGAAAUAAACCUACUGAGAUUUCAUUGUCUAAUUCAGCACCCAGCCCAUCUAUACUGGACAGUGUCUCUGAGAAUGCACCCACAAUGAGGCAUCCAAUGAGUUCUGCUUCAAUCCAGACCGCCAAUAUAGCAGAAUUCACUUCUUUGAGUGCGGAAUCUGGAUCCACUUCUUUGCCUACUGUAACUAGCAAUAAUGAUAUUUCAUGUGUUGCAUCACCCCCUCUUCCUCCAAGUCCAAAGUUGUCUGGAAAACUCUCUGGAAUUAGAAGUCCAACAAAUGGCUUAGAGGCGGGUCGUAUGCUUCAUGAUCGUGGUGAAGACCAACAAGUUAUUGAAUAUUCAGUGGAUAGGCAAAUGGAUAGUGUUCAUACAAAGUUGUCUGAUGUGCCUUCCUUGGAUGAUGAUGCUAGAAAUGAUGAAAACAAGGUUGUACGAGAAGAUAUUACAGCUGCUCUCAAUCAGGCUCUUGAGUUCAAACACCCAACUCAUCUUGUAACUCCAUCUGAGAUAUUGAUGGCUGCUUCAUCCUCCGAAGCUGGACAUGUCACUGAAGACAAGAGUGAAGGAGAGCCAACCAUUCAAGAUGUGGUCGUCAACAACGAUAUGCACAGUGUGGAGGUGGAGGUUAAGGUUGUGGGUGAGACUGGAGUUAGUCAGAAAAGUGAAAUUGGCUCUCAGGGUGAACCUCACAAUAUUGUUCAAGAAAAUAGGGGGAGGGUGUUUUGCUCUCAGGCCUCAGAUCUUGGCAUUGAGAUGACCAGAGAUUGUCCGGCAUUAUCGUCUGAAAUGUAUAUCGUGGAGGAAUCUCGACAAUUCAAUGGAGCUAAUUUAAGUGAUGAAUUGGCUCCGCCUUCAACUGCUGAGGAAGAAGUCCACGAUUCCACAAAGGAUAUCUCUGGAGUGAAUGCUAGUUCAGCUAUGCCUGCAACAGUUCUGCAACCAGUGGCACCAACCAUGAAAGGCAAAAAGCAAAAGGGUAAGAACACUCAGGGAUCAGGAACAUCAUCGCCAUCCCCGAGUGCCUUCAAUUCAACAGAUUCUUCCAGUGAGCCCGGUGUUAGUUCGAGUAUUGCUUCUGUGGAAGCUGCUUUUUCGCAAAUUAUGGCUAUGCAAGAGAUGCUCAAUCAGUUAACAAACAUGCAAAAAGAAAUGCAGAAACAGAUGACGACUACGGUAACUGCCUCAGCUAAAGAGGGUAGAAGGCUGGAGAUAGCCCUAGGGAAAAGCAUGGAGAAAGCUGUCAAGGCCAAUACUGAUGCAUUAUGGGCUCGUAUGCAAGAGGAGAAUGCAAAACAGGAGAAACUGGGUAGAGAGCGUACACAGCAAAUGACAAGUUUGAUCACUAACUUCAUAAAUAAGGACUUGCCAGCUUUGGUGGAGAAGAUAGUGAAGAAGGAAUUCACUACUGUUGGACAGAAUGUUGCUCGCACUAUUUCUCCAGCUAUGGAAAAAGCAAUGUCUGUUGCUAUUGCAGAGGCCUUCCAGAAAGGGGUUGGCGAUAAGGCAGUGAAUCAACUGGAGAAAUCGGUUAAUUUGAAGCUUGAAGCUACUGUUGCUAGGCAGAUCCAAGCACAAUUUCAAACGUCUGGCAAGCAAGCUCUUCAGGAAACAUUGAAGUCUAGUUUGGAAGCUUCUGUUAUUCCUGCCUUUGAGAUGUCAUGCAAAGCCAUGUUUGAGCAAGUUGACACUACCUUUCAGAAAGGAAUGAUUGACCAUGCAACUGUAGCUCAACAGCAGUUCGAGUCCACACAUUCUCCACUGGCACUUGCUUUAAGGGAUGCCAUUAAUUCAGCAUCGUCCUUGACUCAAACUUUAAGCGGGGAAUUGGCUGAUGGUCAGAGAAAAUUGUUAGCUCUUGCUGCUUCAGGAGCAAAUUCAAAAGCAGUGAAUCCCCUGGUUACUCAACUGAGCAAUGGACCUUUGGGUGGCCUCCAUGAUAAGAUUGAGGCUCCUUUGGAUCCUACUAAAGAGCUAUCUAGAUUGGUAUCUGAACGUAAAUAUGAGGAAGCUUUCACCGCAGCUCUGCAAAGAAGUGAUGUUUCCAUUGUAUCUUGGUUAUGCUCUCAGGUUGAUUUACAACGGAUUUUGGCCAUGGUUCCUCUCCCUCUAAGCCAAGGAGUACUACUAUCACUUCUGCAGCAGCUGGCCUGUGACAUUAGCAAAGACCCGGCCCGCAAGUUGGCAUGGAUGACAGAUGUGGCGGUGGCCCUAAACCCAACUGACCCAAUGAUAGCAGUCCAUGUGCGGCCAAUCUUUGAGCAAGUCUAUCAGAUACUAAACCAUCAUCGUAGCCUUCCCACAGCUUCCAGCACUGAGCUUUCCAGUAUCCGUGUUUUGAUGCACGUCAUCAACUCCAUGCUGAUGUCUGGUAAAUGAGAGUUUAUUUUCAUUUAUUGUCAGUCCUUUUUUCCCCCCAUGAUCCUUAGUGAAAAAUGAUGUGAUAUUGCGGACUAUUGAAGGACUAUUAGUCGGGUUUGUACAAAGUAGUAGGGAUUUGGAUGCGAAGGAUAUUGAAUGUGCAAAGUUGGUUUUUCUUGAUUGUAUCUACUUAUCCAAAGGUUAUUGUUGUUAUUUCUUCUUGUGUUAUAGGUUGGCUGGGCCUUUUCAGGUUCUUGGUCUUGUUUUCUUAUCAGUGGGAUUUUGUUUUUCUAAUAAAAUUUGCUCAUUUUUGUACCCA